GAAAUUAAGAUGUCUUCAGAAGAGGUCAGAGUGUAGUGGGGAGUGAAGUGAUGCCCCUGGAUUACGGUAGUAUGGAUACGGAGAGCAGUCCAUCUCCAUCCAGCUCGGAGAGGACGGUGGAGGAGAGGUUGGAGCAGAGGGUGGUAGAAGAGGUAGAAGAGGAUGAAGACGAGAUUCCCUCCAGCAUUUUGGAGGCGGGGAAUAGGGUAGAUGGGUGUUAUGACUCAGAUUUAGAUAUAGUAUCCGAGGGCAUGCUCAGCACCCCGAGACCAUUGGAUGCCCAUAUACCUGCAUUAUUUGAUCGCAGGGUUAGAGUUCGGGGUGUUGGGGUUCCAACAGUGAAUAUGUUCAAACAUUUUUUGAUAAUUAAGGCUGGGGGUAGGGGGGAGAAGGGGUGGUAUCACUUCGGUCCUCGGUCGUCCAGCAAAGAGAAUAAGAAUUUAUUCUCUCCUGGGCCGUCAUCCAUCAAAGGAUGGAAAGAAAAUUUCUUCUUUGUGGAUGACACCGAGUGGAGUAGGAGGGAUGCUGAAGUGGAACAGUUGUUUGCUUGGAAAGCGAAGAAAACCAAGCAGAACAACUAUAAGUUGAAUGAGGAUGAGGUGGAAGAAGUGAAGAAGCUGGUGAGGGAAGAUGGGGACGUAGUGGAUAUCUUGUACCUCACCAGCCAAGAGGCGAUAGAUGCUGCUGAGCUCUAUGGGCCAAGCUCAUUGGGGGAAGAUGGACGAGUUCGUCACUGCUGCUGGGGGCCUGCACAUCCCCAAGAAGCCAAGGAAGAAGUCAAAGACUUCAACUGUGGCGGGGAAGGAGGUUACAGAGGGGGGCGUCUGUCCAGCAUUUCUGCUCAGGCUAUGGAGGUGCAGCCAAGGCCGGAGCCUAUGAUGGGGGGUAGUGAGGAUGUAAGCGAGGAGAUGGCACCUCUCCAGAGGAAGAAGAGGAGGGUGGCAGAGCUAGAAACCAGGGGGGAUGAGGUGGUGGAGUUCGUGCCUCGGUCUUCUCCUUUAGAAAUCAAUCCGGAAGAUAAGGAGAGGGGAGAGGUCGAAGUGCGAGGCCUUGAUGGGGGCAGGGAGCGCACCCCUCCUCACGUGUACCAGAAAAGUUUGUUUGAGGCGACAAACAAGACUGGGGCGAAGCACUUCCUCAACGCUACUCUUCCUGAGGUGGAUAGGAUGCGGGCGAAGGACGAGGUGGUUAGCCAUGCGGGGUAUACCGUUGUGAGGCAUGCCCUAGAGGAGAAGGGGGUAUGGGAGAAGGAGAAGAGAGAUAUGCAGAGGAGGUUGGAUGAAGUGCUCCCUUCAGUGACCGAGCUCCAGAACAAGAAUGGUGUCCUGAGCACGAAGCUCGUCCUCAAAGAACGUAAGAGGAAGAUCUGUGAGGAGAAGGUCGAGGCUAAGGACAAAUACAUGGACAUCAUGAGGAAAGGAGCAGCGGAGUUGAAGAAGAAUGUGAACCUGCUGGUUUACAACGGGAUGGAGGAGCACAUUGGCAACUUUCUCAACUCCAGCACGUUCGAGAACAUCCUCAAACUCUACCGGCUGCCAACCGCCAUCCUGGCUUUUACCGACUGUAGAAAGAAGGUGAAGGCCCAGUACCCAGAGAUUACUCUAAGGUGGGAGCGUGAUGCAGAGGGGCGCACCAUUUUUCCUCCAACCUUUGAUGCUGAGUUGGUGGCCGUGGAGGGAGAAGAAGAAGAAGAAGGAGAAGAAGAAGGAGCGCAAGGCGCUGGAGUUGAGGAUCAGGCAACAAUGGCUGAAGUGCAGCCUCCCGAAGUGCAGCCAGUCUCCUCUGACAAGGUGCAGCUGCUGGCCCUUCCUGAGGCAGAAGUGCCGCCCCUACCUACUGGAGAUGCACCGUCUCAACCCCCACUCCCUGCGGAGGAGCAGCCUCCUCCUCCAGCAAAGUAGUUUAGAAUUUUUCUUGUAAAAACAAUUUUGUUAUAAAUUGUUUAUGAAUUCAUAAAAUUUUGUUUUGAAGUUAUUUUGAUGCGUGUUUGGUAUUUUUGUUCCAAGUGAAUUACUUCAGAUGAAAUAAAGUUACCUUAAUUAA